GGCGGCGACGAAGGCCAGCUUCCGCGGAGUUUGUGCCCGGGCUUCCCGGGCUCCGGCAGCCACACGCGCACAAAUGGGGCUAGGGGACUGACUGGUCGGUGUGGCGGAGGACAGCCAGUCUCGGAGGGAAAGUAGCCACCAGUCCAACUCGGGUCUCCCCCACUAUUACUUAGGGUCAUCACCUCAAUUCUCAUCCAGAAUUCAGUUGCAUAUAACAUUGCAUUUACUGAGUACUUACUAUAUGUAAGACACUGCGGAGGAAGCAGAGACAAAAAAGAUGGUAUCUCUUACCUUAAAGUAGCUAAUUUGUCUGGUGGAGGAGACAGACAUGCCUUGCCACCAACUCACCGCACGGCAGAGGAGACUAAGAAUCGGUGCUGUGGUAGAGGUAUGAAGGGUGAGUGGCCAUAGCAGGUCCUAUCUGGGUGGUGACUGGCUGUCAUGAUCUCUACGGCACCGCUCUACAGCGGCGUGCACAACUGGACCAGUUCUGAUCGGAUUCGCAUGUGUGGCAUCAACGAGGAGAGAAGAGCACCUCUUUCUGAUGAGGAGUCCACGACAGGUGACUGCCAGAGCUUCGAAUCUCAGGAGUUUUGUGUCAGCAGCAGUUUUUCCAAGGUGGAGCUCACAGCAGCUGGUAGUGGCAGCAAUGCCCGGGGGGCAGACCCAGAUGGCAGUACAACAGAAAAACUUGGGCACAAGUCAGAAGAAAAGCCUGACGACACCCAGCUGCAAAUGGACUAUGCUGGGAACGUGGCAGAGGCCGAGGGCCUCUUGGUGCCGCUGAGCAGCCCAGAGGAUGUGCUCAAGCUUCCCUCUGCUGACAGUGCCGAGGCUGGCAACAGCAGGCCCGACUGCUCCUGGACUCCCAUCAACACCCAAAUGAGCAAACAGGUUGACUGCUCACAGGCCGGGGUCAAGGCUCUGGACUCUCGGCACAGCGGCGUGGAGAAGAAUACUUUUAUUUUGGCAACUCUGGGAACUGGUGUCCCUGUGGAGGGGACUCUGCCUCUGGUUACCACUAACUUCAGUCCACUGCCGGCCCCCAUUUGUCCCCCUGCUCCCGGCUCAGCCUCUGUCCCCCCGUCUGUCCCGGAUCCAUUCCAGGUUCCCCUCUCUGUCCCUGCCCCGGUGCCCCAUUCUGGGCUAGUUCCUGUCCAAGUGGCCACUUCAGUGCCAGCUUCUUCCCCUCCCUUAGCACCAGUCCCGGCUCUGGCUCCAGCACCACCAUCAGUGCCCACACUCAUCUCGGAUUCAAACCCUCUUUCAGUUUCGGCUUCAGUCUUGGUGCCCGUGCCAGCUUCUGCUCCCCCCUCAGGCCCGGUUCCCCUGUCGGCUCCAGCCCCUGCCCCACUCUCGGUUCCAGUUUCAGCCCCUCCCUUGGCUCUGAUCCAGGCCCCCGUGCCCCCUUCAGCUCCGACCUUGGUCCUCGCCCCUGUCCCCGCUCCAGUUCUGGCUCCCAUGCCAGCGUCCACGCCUCCGGCAGCUCCUGCCCCUCCAUCGGUGCCAAUGCCCACCCCAACCCCCUCCUCUGGGCCGCCUUCUACUCCCACCCUCAUCCCUGCCUUCGCUCCUGCACCAGUGCCUGCCCCCACCCCAGCCCCAAUCUUUACUCCAGCCCCCACGCCCAUGCCGGCUGCCACACCAGCUGCCAUUCCCACCUCUGCACCCAUCCCGGCCUCCUUUAGUUUGAGCCGAGUGUGUUUUCCUGCAGCUCAGGCACCAGCUAUGCAAAAAGUCCCUCUGUCCUUUCAGCCAGGGACAGUGCUGACGCCGAGCCAGCCACUGGUCUAUAUCCCGCCUCCGAGCUGUGGGCAGCCACUCAGUGUAGCCACACUGCCAACCACCCUGGGGGUCUCCUCCACUCUUACACUCCCUGUCCUGCCCUCCUACCUGCAGGACAGGUGUCUUCCUGGCGUGCUGGCCUCCCCAGAGCUACGGUCCUACCCUUAUGCAUUCUCUGUGGCCCGGCCUCUGAGUUCUGAUUCCAAACUGGUUUCUCUGGAGGUGAACAGGCUCCCCUGCGCUUCCCCAUCCGGCAGCACCAGCACCCAGCCUGCCCCCGAUGGGGUCCCUGGGCCUUUGGCAGACACUUCCCUCUCUAGUGCUUCUGCCAAGGUGCUUCCACCUCCACAGCCUUUACUGCCAGCCCCCAGCGUGAGCUCGGCCCCACUGCACCCCACCAAGAUGCCAGGUGGCACUGAGCAGCAAACAGAAGGGACUUCUGUUACCUUCUCUCCUCUCAAGUCACCCCCACAGCUGGAGCGAGAGAUGGCCUCCCCACCCGAGUGCAGCGAGAUGCCCCUUGACCUCUCCUCCAAAUCCAACCGCCAGAAGCUUCCAUUGCCGAACCAGCGUAAGACCCCCCCCAUGCCUGUGCUGACCCCCGUGCACACCAGCAGCAAGGCCCUCCUCUCCACGGUCCUGUCUAGGUCUCAGCGCACAACCCAGGCUGCUGGCAGCAAUGUUACCUCGUGCCUGGGCUCCACUUCCUCGCCCUUUGUCAUCUUCCCCGAGAUCAUGAGGAACGGGGACCCAAGCACCUGGGUGAAGAACUCAACUGCGCUGAUCAGCACCAUUCCUGGCACCUAUGUGGGUGUGGCCAAUCCAGUGCCUGCAUCCCUGCUGCUGAACAGAGACCCAAACCUGAGCCUCACCCGAGACCCUCGCCAUCUACCCAAGCAGGAACCCAUCUCCAUCAUUGAUCAAGGAGAACCCAAGAGCACGGUCGCCACCUGUGGCAAAAAGGGCAGCCAGACAGGUGCCGAGGGACAGCUAAGCACAGUCAAACGUUAUACCCCAGCCCGCAUUGCCCCUGGGCUGCCGGGGUGCCAAACCAAGGAGCUCUCUUUAUGGAAACCUACAGGGCAGGCAAAUAUUUAUCCGCGGUGUUCAGUCAAUGGGAAACCCAGCAGCACCCAGGUCCUACCUGUUGGCUGGUCGCCAUACCACCAAGCAUCUCUGCUCUCCAUAGGCAUUUCCAGUGCCGGGCAGCUGACCCCCAGUCAGGGGGUACCCAUCAGGCCCACCAGCGUGGUUUCUGAGUUUUCUGGCAUGCCGCCUCUCAGCUCCAGUGAGGCUGUGCAUGGACUUCCCGAGGGGCAGCCAAGGCCUGGGGGCCCCUUUGCGCCAGAGCAGGAGCCUGUCACAAAGAACAAAACUUGCCGGAUUGCUGCCAAGCCUUAUGAAGAACAAGUCAAUCCUGUCCUCCUGACUCUCAGCCCUCAAACAGGGACCCUAGCCCUGUCCGUUAAGCCUGGCAGUGGGGACGUAAGAGUGAAUCAGGGGCCUGAGGAAUCAGAGAGCCACCUCUGUUCUGACAGCACUCCUAAGAUGGAAGGCCCCCAAGGGACUUGCAGCCCGAAGCUGGCAGGAGAUGCAAAGCCUAAGAACCAAGUGCUGGCUACCUACAUGUCCCAUGAAUUGGUCCUGGCCACCCCCCAGAAUCUGCGCAAGAUGCCUGAGCUGCCUUUGCUACCUCAUGACAGCCGUCCCAAGGACCUCAUCUUGGAUGUGGUUCCGAGUGGCAAGAGGGGCUCCAGCACAGAGCUUUCACAGCUUGGGAGCCAGGUGGAUCUGGGGCGGGUGAAAAUGGAGAAGGUGGAUGGUGAUGUGGUCUUCAAUUUAGCAACCUGCUUCCGGGCUGAUGGCCUCCCAGCAGCAACCCAGAGGGGCCAAGCUGAGGUUCGGGGAAAGGCUGGGCAGGCUCGAGUGAAACAGGAAAGCGUAGGGGUCUUUGCCUGCAAGAACAAGUGGCAGCCAGAUGACAUGACUGAACCUCUGCCACCCAAGAAAAUGAGGUGUGGCAAAGAGAAGGAAAGUGAGGAGCAGCAGCAGACACAACUCAAGCCCAUAGCCCGGAGUUCCCAUGUAUCCAAGUGCCGGAAGCAGCCCAGUGACCCCCAGGAACCCACCAAGAAAAGCCCCCGGGGGGCUUCAGAUUCAGGAAAAGAGCACAAUGGAGUCAGGGUAAAGCACAAGCACCAGAAGCCAACAAAGCCGGAGUCCCAGUCUCCAGGAAAACGAGCCGAUGGCCACGAGGAAGGUUCCUUGGAAAAGAAGGCCAAGAGCAGUUUCCGUGACUUCAUCCCAGUGGUUCUGAGCACCCGGACGCGCAGCCAGUCUGGAAGUAUCUGUAGCUCCUUUGCUGGUAUGGCAGACAGUGACAUGGGAAGCCAGGAAGUCUUCCCCACAGAGGAGGAAGAGGAGGUGACCCCCAUGCCGGCUAAGCGUCGAAAGGUGAGAAAGACCCAACGGGACACCCAGUAUCGCAGCCACCAUGCCCAGGACAAGAGCCUCCUGAGCCAGGGCCGCAGGCACCUGUGGCGAGCCCGAGAAAUGCCCUGGAGGACAGAGGCUGCCCGGCAAAUGUGGGACACCAAUGAGGAGGAGGAGGAAGAUGAGGAGGAGGGCCUGGUGAAGAGGAAGAAACGGAGACGGCAGAAGAGCCGAAAAUAUCAGACUGGGGAGUACCUGACUGAGCAAGAAGAAGAGCAGCGGCGGAAAGGGAGAGCAGAUUUAAAGGCCCGUAAGCAGAAGACUUCCUCCCAAAAUUUGGAGCACCGCCUCAGAAACAGGAGCCUUCUCUUGCCCAACAAAGCCCAGGGGAUCUUGGAUUCACCAAAUGGUUUCCUCCCACAUAACCUGGAGGAGCCACCCUGCCUUGAAACUCCAGAAAAGCCAUCAGGAAAGCGCAAGUGCAAGACCAAGCACUUGGCAAACCUCUCAGAAGAGGCAAAGGGCAAAGGUCGUUGGAGCCAGCAGAAGACACGAUCUCCCAAAUCUCCCACCUCAGUGAAGCCCACAGAACCAUGUACACCCUCUAAGUCCCGAAGUGCUGGCCCAGAGGAGGCCUUGGAGUCACCUACGGCCAGGCAGAUCCCACCAGAGGCGCGACGGCUCAUAGUGAACAAAAAUGCUGGCGAGACCCUCCUGCAGCGGGCAGCCCGUCUUGGCUAUAAGGAUGUUGUUCUCUACUGCCUCCAGAAGGACAGUGAGGAUGUGAAUCACCGUGACAACGCUGGCUACACUGCCCUGCAUGAAGCGUGCUCCCGGGGCUGGACUGACAUCUUGAAUAUCCUGCUUGAGCACGGGGCCAAUGUGAACUGCAGUGCACAGGACGGCACGAGGCCAGUUCAUGACGCGGUGGUCAAUGACAACCUGGAGACCAUGUGGCUCUUGCUGUCCUAUGGGGCCGAUCCCACACUGGCCACCUACUCGGGACAGACAGCCAUGAAGCUGGCCAGCAGUGACACCAUGAAGCGCUUUCUUAGUGAUCACCUGUCGGAUCUCCAGGGCCGGGCAGAAGGUGAUCCUGGAGUAUCCUGGGACUUUUACAGCAGUUCUGUAUUGGAGGAAAAAGACAGAUUUGCCUGUGACCUCCUACGUAAUCCUCCUGGGAACUCUGAUCAAGAAGGAGAAGAUGUGGAAGAGGAUGAUUUCAUGUUUGAACUCUCAGACAAGCCUCUUCUCCCUUGCUACAACCUCCAAGUGUCAGUGUCCCGUGGGCCCUGCAACUGGUUCCUCUUUACAGACGUCCUGAAGAGGCUGAAGCUUUCCUCGAGGAUCUUUCAGGCUCGAUUCCCGCACUUUGAAAUUGCCACCUUGCCCAAGGCAGAGUUUUACCGGCAGGUGGCCUUGAGUCAGCUGCUGACCCCUGCUGAGAGGCCUGGAGGCUUGGAGGACAGAUCCCCCCCAGGCUCCUCUGAGACUGUGGAGCUGGUGCGGUAUGAGCCAGAGCUGCUUCGGCUCCUAGGGUCUGAGGUGGAAUUCCAAUCAUGGAGCAGUUGACGGGGGAAACAGCCCCUCCCUUUUCUUCUUUCUCCCCUGAGUCCACCCUGCCCCCACCUGCCAUGUCUUUUCCCCACCGAGCACCAGACUGCAGAAUGAGGCAAUAAUAUGGACCAACAAGAAGCCGCCUUAUCAAUGCCAGCAUUAG